AUGGAGGACAAGGGCUUGGAACAAAGUCUUUACAGCUUCAGUAUGUUGAUUAAUGGGUAUUGCAAGAGGUCUAGGUUGGAUGAUGCUAUGCAACUGUUUAAAAAAUGCAAAACAAGGAAACCCGACCAAGUUACAUAUACUACACUAAUAGAUGGACUAUGCAAGGCCAGAAAAGUUGGAACGACGCAGAACAUGUUAAUUGAGAUGCAAGUUUAUGGGGUAUCUCCAAAUAUAAUUACAUAUACUGCACUUGUGAAUGGGUUGUGCAAAUCUGGAAACAUCGAGAAAGCAAGACAAUUGUUUCUUGAAAUCCCUAUCAAAGGAUUAGUUGCGAACGCUAUAACAUAUACCACCAUGAUCAAUGGUCUGUUCAAAGAAGGGAUGUUUAUUGAGGCUGAAAAACUGAUCAUUGAAAUGAAAAAUAAAGGUUCCAUACCAGAUGCCACUACGUAUGAUACCGUUAUUAAUGGCUAUCUUAAGGGAAACGAUGUUAUAAGAGCAUUAGAGUUUCUUAAAGAAAUGCGCGAAAGGAAUUUGUCACUGACCGAUGCCACUAAAUCUCUGCAAAUUACUCCCUCCGUUCUUAAAUAA